AUGCCAGCAUUGUUGGCUUCCUUCAAGAGGCAGCAGCUUCUCCUUGAUUUCGCUGCGAUCAAGUCUAGAUGCCCUGAAGGUAUCUAUCUGGCUCCUGCGGCCACGAGUCCUUCGAUAUGGUCUGGUGUCCUCUUUGUCCGUCAGGGACCUUAUGCCUCAGCAGUUCUGCGCUUCGAGCUUACAUUUCCUGCCUCAUACCCUGAAGUCGGACCUUCUGUCACUUUCGCGACGGAAAUCUUUCAUCCCCUACUCGUGCCGCUGACGACUUACACGUUUGCAGCUGGUGCUCUCGACCCUAAUACUACUGUCAGUGCGAGUGAAACUGAAAGGCUGUCGCCAGGGUCGUUCAACUUGCGCGAAGGCUUUCCACUAUGGUACCCACGACCAGCAGACUAUGGUUCGAGAAGUGCAAGAUCUUCGAGCAUCGAGAGCGGUACUGCGUACGCACCUGGUGCUUGCACAAAUGAAGAGAAUAAAAGCUUGGAAGAACGACCAUCACUUGCAGCCGUGCUCCAGUACAUCUUGAGUGCUUUUGAGAGCGAUGACUUUCUCGAUAGUCUUCCGCUGAGAGCCGCCCUAAAUGCCAAUGCGUGGCAUGCGUGGCGCGCCCAUCGAGGUCUACCUAAGUUAAGCUCACGAUCGAUAAGUCCUGCCAGUGUUGAGUCUAGCCGUACACCGCUUUCCCCUGGCCGAGAUCCUGCCGAUUGGAAUUGGGAUGGAGUAUGGGAAAGCAGAGUCAGAAACGGAAUUGAAGAGAGCAUCAGUGAUACAUCACUAUUUGGCACUAGACCCAGCCGUGCAGUCAACAACACCUCGAUAGCUAUUCGCUUCUCGAAGUAUGACGAUCAGCGGACGGAAGAGAUACAAGAGGCUAUGUUACGAGCAAUGGACGUAGGAGCGACUUGA